UUUGGGCACUGUUGAUCACUAAUUUGGCUCCUGAACUACUGACACCUGAGUAUCACUGCUCUAGGGUGUGACUUAGGAGUUUUCAAGGCAAAGGACUUUCAGGCACAAAGCCAGGGGAGGAGGGAGUCCACACCCUCUCCUGUCAAAUCCACUGCUGAGCAGAUGAAAGUGAAACUCAUUUAGCGUCUGUUUCCUGGAGAAAAGACUCAUGGCUCAGGCUGCUGCGAAUCUGACUGAAGAUCUCCAGAAUGAAGCCACUUGUCCCAUCUGCCUGGACUCUUUUAAAGAUCCAGUGAUCACAGAGUGCAGCCACAAUUUCUGUGGGGCAUGUAUCCGCGAGUACUGCAAGGAAUCAUCACGAAACCUCUCCUGUCCUCAGUGCAGAAAGACAAUCCAGCCAAGAAACUUCAGGCCCAACAGGCAGCUGGCAAACAUGGUGGAAAUAGCUGUGCGGCUCGGUGUCGAAGCAGCAAAGAAAGCGCGAGAGAUUGUGUGCAAGCAGCACAAGGAACCUUUGAAGCUCUUCUGCGAACAAGACCAGAGCCCAAUCUGCCUGGUGUGCAGGGAGUCCCGGGGGCACAGGGACCACACUGUGGUGCCCAUAGAGGAGGCAGCGCAGGCCUAUAAGGAAAAGCUUCAGAGCAAUUUGUGUUUCUUACAAAAAGAGAGAGAAGAAUUUGAACCAUAUGGAGAAGAGAAAAGCGACGAGCUGCUGAGACAGACAGAAUUGGAAAGACAGAAGAUUUUGUCGGAAUUUGAGCAAUUGCAUGAGUUUUUGAGUGAACAACAGUCCCUUCUUCUGGCGCAGCUGGAAAUGCUAGAUGAGGAGAUUUUAAAGAGGCAGCAUGAAUAUGUCACCAAAGUGUCAGAGAAAAAGUUACUACUCAACGAACUGAUCAGCGAGAUACAAAGGAAAUGUUCGCAGCCAGCGACAGAAUUCCUUAAGGACGUUGGCAGCACCUUGAGCAGGUGCGAGUGUGUGAAGGUCCCAACUCCAGACCCCGUUUCUCCUGUGCUGAAGAAGAGAGUCAGCGACUUCUCUGAAAAUAAUAACCUUGUAACAGGGGUGCUGGCCAUGUUCAAAGAGAAUCUGCGAGCUCAGCUGGAUAAAGAAAAAGUCAACGUGACUCUGGAUCCAGAAACAGCAAAUCCCCACCUCAUCCUGUCAGAGGAUGGGAAAAGUGUGAGACUCGGAGCCGGGCGGCUGGAUGUGCCUGACAAUCCCAAGAGGUUCAUGUCGAGCCCCUGUGUCCUGGGCUCUGAGGGAUUCACAACAGGGAGACACUAUUGGGAACUGGAGGUUGGAGAUGGGGACGGCUGGGCUGUGGGGGCUGCCAGAGAGUCUGUGGAGAGAAACAGGCCGUCAACGCUUCAGACGGAAGGGAUCUGGGCUGUACGUCUGGGCUGGGAUCGUCAAUACACAGCUCUCACUUUUCCCCCAACCCUUCUCUCUCUUGACGAGAAGCCCAGGAAGAUCCGAGUUCACUUGGACUACGAAGAGGGGCAAGUGACCUUUUACAAUGCAGAGAACAUGGCCCAAAUCUUCAGUUUCUCUGCCUCUUUCAAUGAGAAAAUCUUCCCUUACUUCUGGCUCUGGUCCCCAGAAUCAUGUAUCCAGAUGUGUCCCUGACGGAAUCAAGCUUCUUAUAGUGGCUCUCACAAGAGAACUCCUGCACAUUUGACAGCAGCUGGAGAAAGAGAGGAUUCAUUAAAAUAACCCUAACUAACCAAACGCUCAGAAAUUAUCUACUUGUAUUUCUCAUUGCAGUAAGUUCAUCUGCACUCGUUACCCAGAGCCUUGGGCUGGAUCGUCUCCUUUGCGUAUUGCCAUAAAACUGUGGUGUCUACUGGAUGUUCUGUACUGCCCCUUUAAGUAUCGAUGCCAGGUUUUCACCACAAACUUCAUAGCUUCACUCUGCUAGCACACUUAUGUCAGUCGGGGUGUGACCCACGAAGCUGUGCUGGCAAAAGCCCUAAUGUAAAUGCAGCGAUACUUUCAAAUGUGCACUUUUACCACUAUAGAUAAGGCUAAGAUGUUGUCACGGUUAUUUUUAGUAAAAGACAGGGACAGGUCUCAGGCAAUAAAGAAAAAUUUACA